AGAAAAAAUGGAUUGAAAAAACCUUGAAACCGGUUUAAAUUUAAAGAUGAUGGAAGGCGGAGAGGUAAGGUUGACCCAUCUUCCUGCUGAAAUCUUGGUGAAUAUUCUUCUCUACCUGGAUCUUCAAUCCAUCAAUCAACUGGAGAAGGUCUGCUUCCAGCUCCAGGAGCUCAUAGCAACAUCUCUCCAGAUCUGGAAGCAGAAGAUUAUUCUACUUUGUUCCUCAGAUCUGAUUUACAACAAUGUUCUUAAAUUCUCCAGAUAUGAGAAGAUUAAGCACAGCUCAAGCAGCCUCCGAACCUUCUACUCCCAGAUCCUGAGCCUCCGAGCUAACCUCCUCAAUGGAAUAUUUAACAAACAGACAAUUAAUUGUUUGGAAGCUAAAUUCAAGGAUAGGCGCGUAGUGCUGAAUUUACAUUAUACGUGUUUCAGGAUAGGCGCGUAGUGCUUAAUUUACGUG